AAAAAGGCAGCAACCGCCACGAAACCCACGCGAAACACACAACACCACACCAGCCAGCCAAAGCCUACCCCAGCCAGCUCUUCCUCCCUCCCUCCACGACCACGACCACGACCAUAUAUAACCCGCCUCCACCCCCGCUUCCCUCUUCCUCAGGAGAAAGCUGCUUGCCAUCCCGAUUCCCGCCGCCGCGCCGCCUCCUUCCUUCCCUUCCUUCCUCGGAGCUCGGAGAAAAAAAAGGAAAGGAGAUCGACAGCGAGAUUCUAGGGCGCCGGUUCGAGAUGUCGCGGUACGUGGAGAUGCUGGACAUGGGGGUGCGGAUCGCCGCGAGGUUCCACUCCCACUGCCCGCAGACGGCGCGGAUGUACUACAAGCCGCCGCAGACGACGACGACGUCGGAUGGCCGCCGCGGGGACGGCGGCAGGGCGGCGGCCGGCUUCGGACUCGAGGCGGUGUCCGCGAUGGCGGCGCGGCCGUUCUCGGCGGCGGCGGCGGCGGCGGGGGAGCCCGGCUUCUGCGCCACAGCGCCGUCGGGGUUUGACUUCGAGUUCGACACCGCGCAGGCCGUCGUCUACGAAGUGGCCGUGUGAGCAGGGAAGGAAGACGUCGAUGGCUCGGGGAGGAUUUUCUCCAGCAGCAAAAUUUUGACACAGAGAUAAAGUUAAUUGUGUAGAACAAUCCAAUUCUUUUGUUUGAAUUUGAGAGAACGUUGCUUGAAACUUCUCCAAUUCUGACGUAUAUACAAAAACUGUUCCACAUCAGCAAGUUUGAAAUUGUCUUUGAAGUUCUACCUUUCCUCUUAGGCUCUUAGCAAACAAUUAUAAGAAAGAGCUGGGCAAUGGAAAUGAAGAGAA